GGCGGGGUCUUGCCGUCACGCGCAGCCCCGCCCCCUCGGCCGCCCUCUGUCUCCGGGAGGCGGCAACCGCUCCUGUUCGGCCCUUCCCGGUUGGCCGGGCCGGCUGCGCCUCGUUUCUCUGGUGACCAUGGGGGACCCCAGCAAGCAGGACAUACUGACCAUCUUCAAGCGCCUCCGCUCGGUGCCCACCAACAAGGUGUGUUUUGACUGUGGUGCCAAGAACCCCAGCUGGGCAAGCGUGACCUACGGGGUGUUUCUCUGCAUCGACUGCUCGGGGUCGCACCGGUCCCUCGGCGUUCAUCUGAGUUUUAUUCGAUCUACAGAGCUGGACUCCAACUGGUCUUGGUUUCAGCUGCGAUGCAUGCAGGUUGGAGGAAAUGCUAACGCGUCUUCCUUUUUCCAUCAGCACGGCUGUGCCACCAAUGACACCAAUGCCAAGUACAACAGUCGCGCUGCCCAGCUCUAUCGGGAGAGAAUCAAGUCACUAGCGUCCCAGGCGACACGGAAGCACGGCACUGACCUGUGGCUGGAUAGCUGCGUGGUUCCGCCUUCGACCCCUCCACCAAAAGAGGAAGAUUUUUUUGCCUCUCAUGCUUCUCCUGAGGCGGCGAGCAGCACAGGGUGGGCCUCAGCACAGCCAGAAGCAUCUUUGCCACCUCGGGACGUGGAAACCACUCCGGCUCAUAACGAAGGUGGACCAGAGCAAGGACCGAGUGUGGAAGGUCUUAAUGCACCAACGAAGGCUGGUUUAGAGGUGUCCUCUAUCAUAAAAAAGAAACCAAAUCAAGCCAAAAGAGGACUUGGGGCCAAAAAAGGAAGUUUGGGAGCCCAGAAAGUGGCGAAUACAUGCUUUAAUGAAAUUGAAAAACAAGCCCAGGCUGUAGAUAAAAUGAAGGAACAGGAAGACCUUCUGGCCAGGGCGGUGCCUAAGGAAGAAUCAAUCGUUUCAUCACUGCGAUUAGCCUACAAGGAUCUCGAAAUUCAAAUGAAAAAGGACGAGAAGGUGAACAUGAGCGGCAAAAAAAAGACAGAGUCCGAGAGACUCGGCAUGGGAUUUGGAAACUGCAGAAGUGGCAUUUCACAUUCCGUGACGUCAGACAUGCAGACCAUUGAACAGGAAACACCAAUCAUAACAAAACCCAGAAAGAAGUACAGCGAUGACAAUGAUGAUUCAUAUUUCACUUCCAGCUCAAGGUACUUGGAUGAGCCAGUGGAGUUCCGAGGCAGCUCUUUUUCGGGCUGGGAAGACGGUUCAGACUCCUACUGGAAAAAAGAGACCAUCAAAGAUGCUGACGCCGUCCUGAAGACCACAGGCUAUUCGGACAGAUCUACUGCUCGCCGUAAGCCAGACUACGAGCCAGUUGGAAAUACAGAUGAGGCUCAGAAGAAGUUCGGGAAUGUCAAAGCCAUAUCGUCAGAUAUGUACUUCGGAAGACAAGCCCAAACUGAUUAUGAGACCAGGGCUCGGCUGGAAAGGCUUUCGGCGAGUUCCUCCAUAAGCUCAGCCGAUCUGUUCGACGAGCAGAGGAAACAGUCAGCAGGAAACUACAGCCUCGCAAACGUGCUGCCCACGGCGCCCGACAUGGCCCAGUUCAAGCAGGGAGUGAGGUCCGUGGCUGGGAAGCUCUCGGUCUUUGCUAACGGAGUCAUGACUUCCAUUCAGGAUCGCUAUGGCUCCUAAUACCCCCUCGGCUGACACCUGUUCCCCGGGGAAACUCUCCCUCUGUGAUCCAGUGACCACAUCGCAGACCGCAGCUGGGACCAGCAGAUUGUUUUGCUACUUUGUCACAUGGUAUAUAUGUAUUACUGAUUUUUAGCAUUUCUUUGGAGAAAUUCUCAUUUUUGAUGUAGUAGAAGCUUUAUCGUAAUUCCUAUUGUGCAUUUCCUCCUGCACACGCCCCGCAUUUGGGCAGAGGCGUGCAUAUCCUUGCUUGAUUUUUGUGGAAUCUAGUUCCAGCAGCCGGAGGGCCUAGAGACCAGGGCUUCUCCCCACUCUGAGGACAGAGCCUUCCUUGUGGGGGUCGGGGGGUCUCGGGUCUCGGUGCUGAGUGACCUAGGGACUGAGGGCCCCACGGGCCGCCGAUGCUCCAGGAACCUGGAGAAACGAAAUUCACAGCACGCAUUUCCUUCAGAAGGAAGCAAAGAAUAAAAACAAAAGACCAAAAAUGUCUAAUUUGACAGAUUGCUUCCUUAUAUUUAUGCAUAUUAAGGGGAUUUCAAAAUAAUGUUGAAAGUCGUCUGUCCCUUUGUAAAUGUUUAUUUUGUAUGAUCUAUAAAUUAAAAAAUAAUUUUCAGUGAGUACUUUUAACAAACCUAAGCUUCUGCAUUGCCAAGGGAAUCAGUCUUUCCACAUGGUGUUGUUUGAACCGAUGGGACCUGGGAGGUGAGAAUUCCCUGAGUGCAUUCACAAACAGAGAGCACGCAGAGUUCAAAAUGAAGAAGAAAAUAGACCCACGGAAAAGACUUCAGUGUAUGGGAGAAGAGUAGUUGUAACUGGGUAGUUUUGUUAAUAUUUUUUAUCUUAAUCUUGGUUUUCAAAAAAUUACAGAAUGUGUAUAAAUGAAUAAAGACAAAUAAUUUGGCUGUGUUUUAGACAGCAUUAGAAUAUAUUGUUCAGCACGGUAAAAUAUAUUUGAAAUUUGAUGAACAGAAAUGUGGUUUCCACUGAAUAUUUUGUGAAUUUUUCCUAAAAGAUCAAAUUUGUGGACUAAACAUAAUAAACCCCUGCAGCAGA